AUCACAUCUAGUAUUAGGUUUCAACAUAUGGAUUUUGGGGGACACUAACAUUCAGACAGUAACAUAAUGACAGUGUUAUUCAGUAUCCAAGAUGUGGAAAGGGAUAAGUUUCAUCACAUUGCAUAACACUUACAGAUUAAACCAAACAAAAAGAAGAAAAGAAAAAACAGGAAAAUAAAAGCUUUCACAUCCAAUUGAACAAUUCUUCUCCACAUAAAGUCACCAUGAUUUUUUUAAAGAUAUAUUUUGGCCACUUUCCAGACAUCCAUAGCUGAGGUGCAGAAGGUAUAGUUUAAACACAUUUAACAAUUGCAUUUGUUUAAUAUGUAUCCCAGCUCUUUAAGAACUUGUCAUUUCUUUUACCUUUCAUAAGCACACUGCUGGGGGCGGGAGUAUAGGGUGGAAAUAAAUGCAAGUACAUAAAAAAAUCCAGCAAAACAGCAGAUUCGACAGCAGAGUCAAAGUUCAUAUUAAUAAUGAUGUCGUUAAAUGGAAGCAUUUUUGUGCUGUAUGCUAACAACAAGUCAGGUCACCUAUGUCACUCAUGUUUUAUACACAAAAACAGAUUUCUAUGUGUUACUGAACAAAUACAAAUAUUAAUACUGAAAUCAGAGUGCCCCAAUAAUAACUUUCAUAGCAGGCACCAGCUAUCGUUUCUAGCUCUGACAGCUGUUAGGUUGGGGCAGCACCUGUGUAAUAGGGCAAUGAUAGGAACCACCAGGGCCUAUUGCUGUUCUGUGCCCCAUUGCACUCUUGGCACUUAAUAAAUAUUUCUUGACCUACCAGAAGGAGCUCUUCAUUUCUAUGCUAACUCCUGCAAUUUUCCCUCCUUUUUCCUCUCAUGAUUUCGUCUGUUGCCUUAAUUCUCACUCACCUCACCUCCUUGAUAAUACCAUUAAUUCGCUCCUCCCAUAGCAUCCAUAUAUAAUACAACCACCUCUUUUUCUCACCCUCUCAUCAUAAAGGACCCUAAUUGAGGAUAACCAUAGGAAAAGCAAUUACAAACCAAACUAAACCAGCAACAAAAAUAAUAAACAUUGCAUUUUUUUCAUGGGGAGAAGAAUUAGACAUGCAAAAGAGUAGAGAUUAUGUUCUUUCCAUUGGCAGUGGGCUAGCAUAUUCCAUGUGCACAUAGAGCUUAAGAAGUUUUUGAUGUUGACAAUUAUGAUAGUUCAAGGAGCAGGAAAUUGAAAGAAUGAGAGAAGGUAAUGAGGCCUGAUCUAUGUCUUCCAGAUUUGUAUCUGCAGUCCACACCAAAGCAAUUAUUUUUACCCACAUCUAUGAGAUGUGAAUGUAAAUCACUAGAUAUGCAUCAUUUAGUUAUCCUCAUAACAUCAAGGAGGAUACACCAAAAUCAUCUCAAGAUUGUACUUUUCCCUAUGCUUAAAGAUCCCCAGAGAAAGAACAUUUCCAAUUUCCCAGAUGCCAGGAAGUUUUUCCUAAGCCUAACUAUAAUUCUUUUUUCUGUAAUAUAAGCCCUGACCCUACCCAGCUGACUAAAACAGCUCCUUAUCUUCAUCUGGAUAAUAUUUCUUUGCCUAUUUGAAGGUUGUUAUUACAGCUUCCCUGCACCCCAGCAUUCCCUGGGCCAAGUGAUCUUAGUUCCCUUAGCUUUGCCUAUUUUGUAAUCCUUUCAACACUUUUUAUCUGCCUUUUGGAUAAUCCCCAAGUACACUGCAUUUCACUUAAAUUACCUCAUAAGCUAGGUGAAAUUUGGGCAAUGCUGAGUCAAGUGUCUGGGUUAUUUUAUGAUUUCUCUUUGCUGCAGUUAUUUAUGCACCUUGUUUAUCAAGCUGGAGUUUUCCAUGGUACUGCCAUUUUGGUACUUCCUGUAAUUAGUGAAUGCCAAAGGCGGCAACUGGAGGCUGUGAGCUACUCUUCUCGCUACGCUCUGGGCCUCUUUUAUGAAGCUGGCACGAAGAUUGAUGUCCCUUGGGCUGGGCAGUACAUCACCAGUAAUCCCUGCGUACGCUUCAUCUCCAUUGAUAAUAAGAAGCGCAAUAUAGAGUCAUCAGAAAUCGGGCCUUCCCUGGUAAUUCAUACCACUGUCCCAUUUGGGGUUACAUACUUGGAACACAAAAUGGAGGAUGUGCAGGAAUUAAUCUUUCAGCAGCUGGAAAACAUUUUGCCCGGUUUGCCUCAGCCCAUCGCUACCAAAUACCAGAAAUGGAGAUAUUCACAGGUUACAAAUGCUGCUGCCAACUGUCCUGGCCAAAUGACACUUCAUCUCAAACCUUUCCUCGUGUGUGGAGGGGAUGGAUUUACUCAUUCCAAUUUUGAUGGCUGCAUCACUUCUGCCCUAUGUGUUCUAGAAGCUUUAAAGAAUUAUACUUAGUACCUGUAUCCUUAUUCCCUACAUGUGCUUUGGGUUUUUGUUUUCACAAUUUUCUGUUAUUGAUUUGUUUUUCCUUUUUGUUGAGAGAAAUUACUGGAAAAUUGUUCUUCACUUAUUAUCAUUUUUCAUAUGGAGUAUAAAAUCGAUUUUAUAAUUUCAAUAGUUACAACCCACACUAGAAUGAAAAUUCCUCAUACCUUAUACCUUUCUUCACUUUUCUGAAUUGCCAUGGCUACUCCUUAUUGGAGGAAAAGUUUGCUUAAAAAUAACAAAUGACCCUCCCCCGAAAUUACACUAAAUCACAGUAGCAGUUCAUCUACCAAAAUCUUUAUUAUCCUUAUGAAAAUUUAAAUUCUGAAUAAAGAAUAAUCACAUUAUCAAGGCC